CAGAGCAGCAGCAUUUCAUUGAUUAGCUGGAGCGGCUCUCUUUAAUUUCUCACUUGGGCUUAGCCUUAAAGAAUAAGAACAAUGGUCAAUUUCAAAAGGGUUUGCGUUUUCUGUGGAAGUAACUUGGGGUAUAGAAAGAUAUUCAGUGAUGCAGCACUUGAUCUCGGGCAAGAACUGGUAAGGAGGAAGAUGGAUCUUAUAUAUGGUGGAGUAAGCAUUGGCCUCAUGGGUUUGAUUUCUCAGACAGUGUAUGAUGGCGGACGCAGCGUUCUCGGAGUUAUUCCCACAGCUCUUGUCCCCAUAGAGAUAUCAGGGCACGCCGUGGGAGAUGCAAUGGUUGUCUCGGAUAUGCAUCAAAGGAAGGCUGAAAUGGCUCGUCGGGCCGAUGCUUUUAUUGCACUGCCCGGGGGCUAUGGAACUAUGGAAGAGCUGCUUGAGAUGAUAACUUGGUCACAGCUUGGAAUUCAUAACAAACCAGUAGGACUCUUGAAUGUUGAUGGUUACUACGUCUGCUUGUUAGGAAUUUUCGACAAACGCGUGGAGGAAGGAUUCAUCAAACAACAUUCAGCAAGAAGUAUUGUGAUAUCAGCCAAGACUGCCGGAGAGCUUAUAGACAGGAUGGAGGAGUACACACCAUCGCACACUCAGGUAGCUCUGAGCAGAAGUUGGAAUGCUGAAGGCCCUGGAAGUGAAAACUUAUAGCCAUUGCCUCGUCGUGGAUCACUAUAAGAUUGCAGCUGUGUUUAGAAGCUUUAUGCC